AUGCUGCUCCACCAUUGGCCGGGUCUUGGACCAAUCCUUGGCGAUCCUUGCAGACACACAUCACCCAAAAUAUCAGACAUUUAAAAACUUGCAGGAAAAGUUUUGAGAGCAUCUUCUGACGGAGAGAGGAGAAGAGACCGAACUGUCAGCCAUGUCAGCUCACUUCAACAGGGGCCCAGCCUAUGGACUCAGCGCCGAUGUCAAGAGCAAGUUGGCAUCAAAAUAUGACCCACAGAGGGAGGCCGAGCUGAAAGAAUGGAUAGAGAGGACCACCGGGAGGAAUAUUGGGAAUAAGUUCAUGGAGUCUCUGAAGGAUGGAGUCAUACUGUGCGAAUUAAUUAACAAGCUGCAGCCUGGCGCCGUCAAGAAGAUCAAUGAGUCUACACAGAACUGGCACCAGCUGGAAAACAUUGGAAACUUUAUUAGGGCAGCCACAGAUUAUGGCGUGAGACCACAUGAUAUAUUUGAAGCAAAUGACCUGUUUGAGAAUACGAACUUCACUCAAGUGCAAUCUACACUAUUGACAUUAGCUAGCGUGGCUAAGUCAAAAGGAGCCAAAGUUGACUUUGGGGUGAAGUAUGCUGACCGACAAGAGAGAAAAUUCAACGCUCAAAAACUCAAGGAAGGAAGAAAUAUCAUUGGACUCCAGAUGGGAACCAACAAAUUUGCCAGCCAAAAGGGGAUGACAUCAUAUGGCACCCGUAGACACCUGUAUGAUCCCAAAUUAGGCAAUGAACAGCCAGUGGACUCAUCUACUAUCAGCCUACAGAUGGGCACCAACAAGGGGGCAUCCCAGGCUGGCAUGACGGCCCCAGGCACCAAGCGUCAGAUCUUCGACCAGAAGCUUGGCAAUGAACAAUGCGACACCCAAACCAUCCCCCUGCAAAUGGGAACAAACAAGGGGGCAUCUCAACAAGGCAUGACAGUGUACGGCCUCCCGCGUCAAGUCUAUGAUGCCAAGUACUGCCUGGACAGCAACGUCUAUCAGCUCGGUGAGGACGGCCACUACGACAACGAUCAUCAGUAUUUCAACUCCGAAUAAAGCCGCCCGUCUUCCAGAUAACCUCCACAUCACCCUCUCCUGUGCCACCGUCUACCUGCUACCCAUGGCAGAGAAGGGUGUCCAUUUUAUGCCAGCGUGUGCUAGUUGCUCUGGCAAAGGGGGUUAAUGCUACCCACUAUCCAUGUUUGCUCUUGCAGAGUAAAGAAAAAAAAAAUUAAUGAUACCACUAGGUGCCAAUAUGCCUCCUGGCACCUAGAACACUGCAUGUCCCAAACCUGCUGUUCUGGCAGAGAAUGAUCUCCCUCCUACCCCCUUUCUUCUUUCCUGGCAGAAAAGGGGGUAUAACUGCCCAUUCUGUGCCAGACUGUGCCCGCUGUUUUGGCAGUAACAAAAUAAAAACCCAUUCCCCAUAUGUCUGACGCUACAUUAAAAGAGACUGGGAAUAAGCUAUUUGCGGAGCCUUGCAUUCUUUUUUUUUUGCUCUGUUUUUUUUUUUUUUUGCCAAAAAAACACAGCACAGCAUUCAAGUGUACAUCUGCAGAGCAUUGCUCUUUCCAUCUCACUAUUAGGUGAGACAGAACAUUGCACCCUAACCACCAUGCCGCUUUGGUCACUCCUUUCAGCUGUAUCAUUUCCCAGUAGGCAGUGCCGCAGUGUAGAGUCUUAACCGCUUCGUAACUGAGAGGGUUAUGCUCUGGAAUGGGAACCGUAUUCAAAUCUAUUUCUUUUUUUUUUUUUUAAAUAUAUAUCUUACUGACCGCGGUCAAAGGGAUUUUCAUUUUUGGCCAUGGUAGAAAAUGGGCAAAGAAAUAAAAAAGGAUGCAUUACA